AUAGUGCUGUGGUUGUGUAGGUAGGUGCUUUGUAAACACCUAACAAAUGGCGGCUCAUAAACAUGCGCCUUCUACAGAUUCUGUUUAUUAUACCUCCGUUGGUGAAUCUCGUGUGAAUCUGUAAGAAAUUAAUGCGGUGUAUUUCUGUUUUAUUGAUUGAAAACAACUGUUUGAUUUAUAAAAGUGAUAUUAGUGACAUUUCUUGAGUUUAGUCUAGAUUUCUUAAUAAAAUCCGGGUGUUCGCGUGCGUAGUUAUGUGGAGUUUUAUAACAAUUAACAAACUGCACCCCAGUGACGAAAAUGAAACGAGAGAACGGAUAUUGAAACGAUGAAACAAGUUCGAGUACCCAGAAAGUCAAAAUGCCCUAGCCGUCGAGUAGCGCCUUCCAUCACGCUGCCAGUCACCCUGGAGGACCCUGCCACUAAUUGGAAGGGACCGCCGCCCGGUUCGGAACCCCAAAGUUUCGCACAAGGGCCAGCCAAUUCGUUUUCAGGGCCACCGGCUGGCUUCCAAGGACCCUCGCCAUUUCAAGGCCCGCCGGCGGGGGCUGGGUCGCCAGCCGGUGCGCCUCCAUACCAGGGGGGUCCUCCACCGGGUUCAACUACACCCCAAUACACCGCUUCACCGGCUCCAUCAGGUUCGUCGACCCCUGGACCUGGUCCGCCGCCUAACGCGGGUUUUCCACCUCCAAAUAGUGCCGGUCCGCCGUACAAUGGUCCAGGACCGGGUCCUUUCGGUUCUCCGUCGGCGGGAGGACCUCCGUUCGGCCGACCCGGGUCUUCAGGACCUCCUUUUGUUGGAGGCCCGGGUCCUACCGGUAACCACUUUCAACAUUUCGGUCCCGGUCCUGGUUUCGGAAUGCCACCGGGGUCACCAUUCGGGCCUGGUCCAGGACACCCCAUGUCGGGACCCAUGGAGCCGGCUCACGGAAUGAUAUCUAGGCAAAUGGGCGGGCCAAUACCUGUUGAACAAGGAUCUCUUCCUGUUCCUAGGCGGCAUACACCUUAUUUUGGUCAACCAGAUUAUCGGAUCUAUGAACUAAAUAAAAGGCUGCAACAGAGAACUGAAGUAGAUAGUGAUAAUCUUUGGUGGGAUGCAUUUGCAACGGAGUUUUUCGAAGACGAUGCAUCUUUAACUUUAGCAUUUUGUUUAGAAGAUGGUCCCAAACGAUACACUAUUGGAAGGACGUUAAUUCCAAGGUAUUUUAGGAGUAUUUUUGAAGGUGGAGUGACUGAAUUGUAUUAUAAUAUGAAACACCCCAAGGAGUCCUUCCACAAUACUAGUAUUACUCUAGACUGUGAUCAGUGCACUAUGAUAACACAUCAUGGUAAACCUUUAUUUACCAAGGUGUGUACAGAGGGCCGCUUAAUUCUAGAAUUUACUUUCGACGACUUGAUGAGGAUAAAGUCGUGGCAUUUCGCCGUUAGGACGCAUCGAGAAUUAAUUCCAAGAACGGUAGUCGGUAUGCAUUCCCAACAGGAUCCCAGUAUGUUGGACCAACUAUCGAAGAACAUCACAAGGCAGGGCAUCACCAAUUCUACGCUUAAUUAUUUGAGGUUAUGUGUGAUAUUAGAACCUAUGCAGGAACUUAUGUCUCGACAUAAGGCAUACGCUUUAAGUCCCAGGGACUGCCUGAAAACGACGUUAUUUCAGAAAUGGCAGAGGAUGGUUGCGCCGCCGGGUAAGAGAGAAUCUCAAAGGCCGGCGAAUAAACGACGAAAAAGGAAAGGAUCGAAUUCAGGAGGGGCGGCCAAUAAUGCAGCACCGGCGCCAAACAAAAAAAGAUCUCCGGGGCCUAAUUUUUCCUUAGCGUCGCAGGAUGUGAUGGUUGUGGGUGAACCUUCAUUGAUGGGUGGAGAAUUCGGAGACGAAGAUGAGCGACUGAUAACUAGGUUAGAAAACACCCAGUACGACGCCGCCAAUUCCUUAGACCAUGACAACCAUGGCUUCCACGCUGCUGACUCGCCGAUGCCAGGAUCAAAUUCGUGGGGAGCGGGAGUGGGGGAUAGGGGCGGACCGGGAGGAGUCGGUUCACAACAAGGGAAUACCCCUUCCAACCAGGACUCUGAUAAAAAAUCCCCGGCAGUGAGCCAGUGAUAAUAGUUUUUUUUUUCUUUAUAAAAACAAUGAGAAUCUCCGAGUCAGUAUUUUUUUAUUGUACUUCAAGUAUUUCAGUGGUUAGAUUGAUUUUUUUUUUAAAUUGGACUUUUUUCACUAAAAAAAUGACAUUUUUUUGUAUACCAAUGUUUUUAUUAAAAUAUACGGAAGUAGAAACGAAUUUCGUCUUAAAUAUAUGGCCUUAUUAGAUUAAAUAAGUUUUAAAUUUAUUCUGAAGCCAACCAAGAUAUUUGUUUGUUUUAUAAUUUAUCGUAAAAUUGUUCUACUUCCUGUAUAUGAACCAAAUUUGUUAUUUUGAUAAAAAAUUGCAGUGUUUAAUUAAAUUUGAUAAGGUUCCUCCAAUUUUACUGUAAUUUUCGCCAAAGCUUUUCCUUGAUUAAAGAAAAUAAUUCCUUAAAGGAUUUUUACCAACAAAGCUUCGUUUAUCCCCCAGCCCCCUUCAUCUUUGAAAAUAAUGAUUUUAGAUAAAAUAGUAUCAAAUACAAAAUAUAGCUCAUAAAUAGCUCUAUAAAAAAGAUUAUGUACAUUUUUCACAUAAACUAAUUCUUUUGGCUGUUAUGACCCAAAAUAUAUCAGCAGGAAUCAAAUCUAUUAGCCCAAUCUGAUCUCUUCCAAGUGUUCAUGAAAAAAAAAAUCAAUUUCAUUCUUACUGAAAUAUUUUGGGUCAUAACAGCCAAAAGAUUAAGUUUGCGUGAAAAAUGUACAUGACCUUUUUUAUAGAGAUAUUUAUGAGCUAUAUUUUGUGUUUGAAAGUUUUUUCUCUAAAAUCAAUAUUUUCAGAGAUAUUUGAAGAGGGCUGGGGGCCAUCAAGGGUAAAAUUACUUUUGGAGAAUAUCUUCUCUAAUGACGAACAAGCUUUGGCAAAAUUGGGAAUUUCAUUCAUUAUUCACAUAGUUUUUUUUAUUUUUCUAAAGAGAUUAGCUAUUUUUGAAAUAUCGACUCCAUCCUUCAACUUCUUUUGUUUUAAAUAAAAGUCCAAAUAACCAAACCGUUUGAGUUUGUGGUUGAAUGGAACGAUUUUUGGUCUGCCAGGCAAAACGAACUGAUUUCAAAAUAAGAAAUUUGUCAUUUCAUGUGAUGAGCAUGUUUUUACUGCCCUAACAACCAAUUUGUAUAUUAAUUGUUUAUAAAAAUGUUCAAAAUUUAUUAUUUUAUCCUGUUCUUGAGUCUAUUAUAUUGUGUACAAUAAUGUCUCACCUUGUGUAAAUAUAUUUCUAAUUUCUUUUUAUUUCUAGAAUGUUUUAAUAUGUUUUGGUUGAUUUUAGGUCUCUUCUGAUUGAUAUAAAGUUUUUUGAAAUAAGUAAAAAAUUGACGUUCCGACAGAAAUAAGUCAAAAUGACAAUUUUUUAUGUUUUUUAAAAUUAAUUUUCUAUCUAAAGAGGCUUAAAAUUAGGAAGAUUUAUCGGGAAAAUGAAUUUCUAAUUUUAUGAGUUUUAAAGAAUAUGAAUUAAUAAUUUUGAGAAUUAAUUCUAUUUUAAUUUUUAUAGAGAAUGUUUUCGUUGUUGUUCCCCCAGUUGAAAUAAAUCAUUUUUUAGUCAUUUUAAGAACAAUUUGUGUCAUUUUCUAAUCAAUUUAAAUUUUGAACAUUUUUAUAUGAAAAAAAUAUGCUGUAAUUAUUUUUAAAAUAAAUUUUAAUAAAAUCCCUGCAAUGUCUACUUGAGAAAUAAUCGAGUAGGUGAAAUUUAGUGCAAAAAUGUGGUAAGAAUAGCAAAUUGUUUUGUCUUUAUUCAAACUAUUGUAUCAUGAUAGUAUUUUUUUUUAAUUUACGGGCGUAGAAAAGUAGCUUUUAAAUUUCAUUAAAAAUAUAAUAUUUCAAUAUUAAACCGACUACUGCUACCUGUCUACGCCCCCUUGUGUUGUGUACGUAAUUUAAACAGAAAAAAAAUACAAAGGGGUACAUCGUAAAGUUGAUUUUUUAAACAAUAAAUGUGUUUUAAAAUUUUUAUAGAUUUUAUGAUGUAAAUAGUUUUUUUAUUGAAAUAUUAAUGUAUAAAAAAACGGUUUCCUCAAAAGUGAAUUGAAUUAAAAAUACUUGAAGUAUAAAACGGAAGUUACAAGAAAUUCAGGAAACGAGUAAAGGUAAUCAACAUUAUUUUCGAUAUGAAUACAAAAAAUUGGUCAAAAGGAACAAAAUUACGAUAAAAUUAUAAAUUGUACUAAAGCAGAAGAAUUGAUCUGUGGAAUUAAUCAUUUCCCUCCUCAAAAAAAACUGACGAGGUCAUAAAGAAUAAGUAAAUAUCAAUUCGUAUUAAUUAUAACAAACAGUGGAAUUCACAGUGUUACUAGAACGUAUAAAGAACCAAAAGUACAAAAAUUAUGAAAUUAUAAAUUUAUUAUUUAUAUUUUUUUGAAAGAUACUAAAAACUAAACAUCUAACAGUGGAAUUCUUCAAUCAAUUCAAUAAAGGAACUGAAAAAGGAUUCAAUGAAUAAGGAAAUUAUGAAAUUCGCGAAGUUUUCAAAAUAUUGGAAUUGAAAAAUUUAUAGUUUCCCUCAUGAAGAAAUGAAAAAAAAAAAAAACAACAACCAGAGGAGUCCUAAAGAAAACGUGAAUUAUAAUUUAUGAAGUUUAAAAUUUAUUAGUUUUUAGAAAAAUAUUUAUUCAUCCAAGAAUCUUGUUGUGAUGUAUGUAGCAGUACAUAACAUCAAUCCGUCUACUUCUAACCUGCCCCUAAACUUUUUGAGUAGGAGAGAAGUUGGGACAAUAAAAAGACUUCGCAUCAAUCAUACAAAACUUACUAUUUGAUGUUGUUAGAAAGUCGUCCUGUCUACCAAAGUUGUCACGUUCCUGUUUCUCUUAAGCACAUCUUCCCUGACUGCAGAUACCUCAUACCAGCAGUUUGAUAUUAAAAUCACUCCCCUCAAAAUAAUCAACAAUAUAAAGAAUAAAAAAAGGGGUAUUUAAAAUCAGUUUACAAUUAUUUUGAAGAAUUUAUAUCCUUAUUAGCAAAUUUUUAUUCAAAUAUAGAAUGCCAGAAAUAUUUUUAUCAUUAAUAAAAACCCUUCGGAACCCACACCUGUAAUUGUACUCCCACCAAAUGUCUAAAAUCUUGGUGUAAUAUUUACAAAAAAAAAAAUGUUCCAAAUAAAACUCUUCUGCAUUGCUUAACUUGCCCUAAAGCAGUUUUUGAUCUAAGCAUAACGAUUUUUUAAACUUUACACACCUUAUGAUUCUUCUUGAGUCUCAACAGUUGUUCCCCUUAUUUCUACGGUCGAUAGCCACUUCAUUGUUAUCCACAAUCCGAAAGAUUUCUAUAAUUCUGUCUCAAAUUUGUCUUGGUACAUUAACAUUGUGGAAGAAAAUUUUCGUGAAAACUUUUAAUA